ACAAUUAUAGUCAAUUUAAGAAGAGAUAAAUAUUAACCGAGAGAGACGGGUUGUUUGCAUUUGACUUUACUCGUCUAUUUGCAUCGACACAAUGGGAAGUACUCCGAUGUAUUCUCUGCUGGCACUGUUUUUCUUCUUGUGCACUGACACGACGGGACUCUCAACUCAACGACGACUAAGUGAAUAUGGCGCAGAUAGCAGCAAAGUGUCCUUGAGCGGGCUAUCGUCAGGGGCAUACAUGGCUGUACAAUUUCAUGUCGCUUAUUCGAAAAGUAUUAUGGGAGCUGGAAUAGUUGCAGGAGGCCCGUUCUACUGUGCAGAAGCUAAUGUUGUGAAGGCACUUGGAGCGUGCAUGACAAGCCCUGAAAAAAUAGAUGUCGGCUUUUUAACUCAAGUUACGAAGAACACAGUGAUUACUGGUACAAUUGACGCUACGUCCAACAUGGAGGACGACAUGGUCUUCUUGAUAAGCGGUACACGGGACAGCACUGUAAAACAAGGAGUGAUGAAGAAACUCAAGGAAUACUAUGAAAACUUUGUCGAUGUUCCAAAUAUAAAAUGUGAAUUUAGUUUACCUGCAGAACAUGCCUUUGUAACAGAAACAUACGGGAAUUCGUGUGGACAUAAUGGUUCACCAUUUAUUAAUGACUGCGACUAUGAUAGCGCUUUCCAUAUGUUGAAUCACAUCUACAGAGGCGUGUCAAAACCAAGCUCACAUGUUGUUCUCACGGGCGAUUUUAUCGAAUUUGACCAAUCGGAAUUCCUGCCAAUGUCGGCACCGGGGCAAUUUGGUAUGGCUUCGUCUGGUUAUAUCUAUGUGCCAUAUGCCUGCAAACACAGUCCGUCAGCAUGUAAGCUACAUGUGGUUUUCCAUGGUUGCAAACAAGGCAUAAACCGUUUAGGUGACGAAUACGCCUUGAAUACCGGUUACAAUGAGAUUGCAGACGAGAAUGGUAUCAUUAUACUUUACCCACAAGCAACAGCCAGUGCCGGAAAUACGAAUGGAUGCUGGGAUUGGUGGGGCUACACAGGACUACAAUAUGCAUGCAAGCUAGGCCCUCAGAUGAAUGCUGUAAACCAAAUGAUAAACCGCAUACUAUCCUAACAUAAUCCUUCUCACAUGAAAGUCGAGUUCAUAUAUUUAGUGGCGUCAAGAGUAGUUUUUAAUCAAUUAUUUGCUAAAUUUACGUCGAGUGUGGAACUUUUGCAGCAAGCUGUUUAUUUUCCUGGAUGAACAAGCAAACUGAAACGACGUGAAAGUCUUGAUAUACCAAUUACGUUUCAACUAUAAACUUAGUACCUAUAGCGUAUAUAAGUCUGCAUUAUAUAUAGUAAUGCUGGCGCUAUUUAAGUUUGUCAAAUCAGCCGAUCAUAGGUACUGUAGGCCGCCUACUCGGGAAUUCUGAAUGUCUUUAUGCGAACUUAAGUUUAUUUAAUCCUAAUGAAAGUUGUUCAGUAAUUAACAUUUAUGAUUAAUUAAAGAGUUCAAUGAAUAUUA